AUGCCUAAAUUGGCUCACGCGGCCCUCCGCUCAGCUUUCAAGACUGAGCCAACCCCACACGAAUUCAAGCGCCUCUCUAACAUCGACGACCAAGAAGGCCUUCGCUUCCAAGUCCCGAUCAUCCAAUUCUACCGCCACGAUCCCUCCAUGGAUGGGCGAGACCCUGCGAGGGUCAUCCACGAGGCCGUCGCCAAGGCCCUUGUCCACUACUACCCGUUCGCCGGUCGGCUCAGGGAGGGGGGCCGCCGGAAGCUCGUGGUGGAGUGCACCGGGGAGGGGGUGCUGUUCAUCGAGGCGGAUGCCGACGUCCGUCUCGAGCAGUUUGGCGAUGCUUUGCUGUCGCCAUGUCCGUUCCUAGAGGAGCUUCUCUACGACGUCGAGGGCUCCAGGGAUAUGCUCAACUGCCCCCUCUUGUUGUUUCAGGUGACUCGGUUACGGUGCGGUGGGUUCAUCCUCGGGAUCCGGGUAAACCACGCCAUGACGGACGGGCCCGGGCUGGUCCAGUUGAAGAACGCGGUGGCCGAGCUCGCCCGCGGCUUGCCUGCCCCCGCCGUUUCCCGUGGCGGUGUGCGCGGGCGGGAAUCCGCUGGGAAGGUUCGCCACCGACUUCAUGUACUCCUCGUUCACCUUACCUUUCGUCUUCUUCACGAGCUCCAGCGCGUACCCCAGCGGAUUCCCGCACAGCUUCCCCGCCGCGCGCACCGCCACGGGAAACGCGAACGCGUUGCCGUAGUAGCCCUCCGGUAUCUGGCCCCAGUGCUUGCCGCGGGCGCUCACGGCGCAGAUUAUGCGGACCUCCUGGUCGGGGUCGGGGGAGAGAGCCACGGUGCGGCACUUCCAGAGGAACGCCGUGAGGACCUCGAAGGUGGAGCUCUUGCGGAGAUGAGGGGGAACGCGUUGCCGGAGGGAAGCGAUCUCGCCGGGGCCGAAGAAGAACGACCUGUGAGCCAUGUCGUCCAACCAAGGGAGGCGAUCAGCUUCGGGUGGGGGAAGGCGGUGUACGGUGGUCCAGCCAAUGGAGGGGUCGGAGCCAUCCCAGGGGUGGCCAGCUUCUACAUCCCCUUCAAGAACGCCAAGGGAGAGCAUGGGAUCGUGGUUCCUGUUUGCUUGCCUGCUUCGGCCAUGAAGAGGUUUGUGGCCGAGAUCGAUGCACUGGUGAAGGAGACUGCCACGCACCUAGGAGAAGACGGAGAGCACCACCUCACGCUACGUCAUGCCUGCACUUUGAGAAACGUAUCGGUUUGCAUGGGACCAAGAGUAUCGACAUCUGUUUUUGUUUGCUCGUCUUAG